UAAUUGGCCACGCAUUCAUCACUUUCAGCCGUUACAUUGCCCCCUCCAAUAUUUCCAAGAACAAGUCCCGCAGAUCAAUAAUGGCGGAGGAAGACGAAGACGAGAGGCAUGGAAGGAGCACGAGGGCCACAGUCCUAGAUGAGCUCCACGCCCUCUGGAGCAUGGCGGCCCCCAUCACUGCCAUGAACUGCGUCGUCUAUCUCCGUGCCAUGAUAUCCGUAGUCUGUCUCGGCCGGCUCGGCGCACUGGAGCUGGCCGGCGGCGGUCUAUCUAUCGGCUUCACCAACAUCACCGGCUACUCUGUUCUCGUCGGACUCGCAUCCGGUUUAGAACCACUUUGCAGCCAAGCCUACGGUUCCCGCAACUGGGACCUCAUUUCCCUUUCUCUGCAGCGCGCCAUUCUCCUCCUCCUCGCCGCCGCCAUCCCCAUAUCCUUUCUCUGGCUCAACCUCGGUCCCAUCUUCAUCGCUCUCGGCCAAGACCCGGCCAUUACCACCGCAGCUGCUUCCUAUUGCCUCUUCUCCCUCCCAGACCUCCUCACCAAUGCCUUCCUCCAACCCCUCCGUGUGUUCCUUCGUUCCCAAGGCAUAACAAAACCCAUGGCCCUCUGCUCUGCUGCCGCCGUGCUCCUCCACCUUCCCCUAAGCUUCUUAUUCGCCUUUGUGCUCCAUCUCGGCGUCCCAGGCGUCGCAAUCGCCGCCGUCUUUACCAAUCUAAAUAUGGCACUUUUCCUCCUCGCCUACCUCCAUUUCUCCGGUGCUUGUAACCUCACCUGGCGUGGCUGGUCCCUUGCCGCCUUUCAACAACUCACUCCUCUGCUCCGCCUCGCCAUCCCGUCCUGUUUCGGCGUCUGUCUCGAAUGGUGGUGGUACGAAAUCGUCACAGUGCUCGCCGGCUACCUUCCCAAUCCAACCACCGCUGUCGGCGCAACCGCCAUUCUAAUUCAAACCACCAGCCUCAUGUACACCGUUCCUAUGUCUCUGGCGGCGUGUGUCUCCACCCGGGUGGGAAAUGAGUUGGGAGCGGGGAGGCCGAGGAGGGCGAGGAUGGCAGCGAUGGUUGCGAUGGGAUGUGCGGUGGUGAUAGGGAUGGUGAAUGUGGGAUGGACGGUGGCAUGGAGGGAGAGGUGGACGCUGCUGUUCACGAAAGAUGUGGGGAUAGCGGGACUUGCGGCGGGGACGAUGCCGGUGAUUGGGCUGUGCGAGGUGGGCAACUGCCCGCAAACGACGGGGUGUGGGGUGUUGAGGGGAACGGCGAGGCCGGGCGUUGGGGCGAGGAUUAAUCUGCUGUCGUUUUAUUUGGUGGGGAUGCCGGUGGCGGUGGGGAUGGCGUUCGGGCUGAGGGUUGGGUUUGGGGGGUUGUGGUAUGGGCUGUUGACGGCGCAGUUGGUGUGCGUUGCGUACGUGGGGGUGGUGGUGCUGGGGUGGACGGAUUGGGAGGGGGAGGCGAUGAGGGCAAGGAAGCUCACCGGAAGAGUGGAGUUGGCCGGCGAGGUGGCAGGCGGUGGAGAGGAGGCAAUGAGGUUUAUGGGGCACUUCGAUGGUGAGGCGUGGGUAAAUCGUUGGCAUGAGUGGAGGAGGUAUCACCAGCAUGUUCUUGACUUCAAAAAUUGUAGGGAAGUCGAGCUUGUAAUGCAGUACAAAUCCUUGUCUAGGAUAACAUUGAUAAAUGACAUUUCUUAUGCCAUGUUGUCCAAGAUGAUUAGAUUUGUUCAUUGA